CUGAGGGAGCGAAUGCCUGUCUCUUUAAAUGCCACGGGCUGCGCUCCCGCCCGGGAGCCGGAUCUACAAUCCGGUCCCUCCCGCUCCAGCGCUUGUUGCUCACCCGGCCCGAGCGGGAGCUGCGGCCCCCGGGCAGCGAGGCUCCCUCCUUCUCUUUGCACCCCACUUCCCCUGAGAGCUGGUUGAGGGGGGCCAGCAGUCCCAGCAGAAGGGAAGAGGCACGGUGUGAACAGGAUUAUCCCCCCUCCACCUUCAAGUCCUGGGGCGCUACGCAGCCGCGGGGGGAGGACAUGCGUCGAUCCCCUCUGCCGAGCCUCAGUGCCGCCCGCGCCGGGAGAGAAGAGACUGCGGAGCCCACACCUGCAAACUCGCCCUAGAAGUCGCGAGGUUCGGAAGGGGGGCCCUCCCCACUCCCCCCGGCCUCCACCUCUCUGCGGGUGGCCUCGGCCCCUGACCGGGGACCUGGGCCAAUGACCCUAGUGGUGGUUUCGCCUUCUCCCCUGGCGGCGGUGUGAACGUGUGUCCGCAGCGUGAUGGGCAAUCAGGUGGAGAAACUGACCCACCUAAGUUACAAGGAAGUUCCCACGGCCGACCCUACCGGCGUGGACCGGGACGACGGGCCUCGCAUCGGGGUCUCCUACAUCUUUUCUAAUGACGACGACCCGCGCCGCAGCCCUACGACCCGCGGCUGCACGAGGUGGAGUGCUCGGUGUUCUACCGCGAUGAGUGCAUCUACCAGAAGAGCUUCGCGCCGGGCUCGGCGGCGCUGAGCACCUACACGCCGGAGAACCUGCUCAACAAGUGCAAGCCGGGCGACCUGGUGGAGUUUGUGUCGCAGGCGCAGUACCCACACUGGGCCGUGUACGUGGGCAACUUUCAGGUGGUGCACUUGCACCGGCUGGAGGUGAGCAACAGCUUCCUGACAGACGCGAGCCAGGGCCGUCGCGGCCGCGUGGUCAACGAUCUGUACCGUUACAAGCCGCUGAGCCCCAGCGCCGUGGUGCGCAACGCCUUGGCGCACGUGGGCGCCAAGGAGCGCGAGCUGAGCUGGCGCAACUCGGAGAGCUUCGCUGCCUGGUGCCGCUAUGGCAAGCGUGAGUUCAAGAUCGGCGGCGAGCUCCGCAUCGGCAAGCAGCCCUACCGGCUGCAGAUCCAGCUCUCAGCGCAGCGCAGCCACACGCUAGAGUUCCAAAGCCUGGAGGACUUGAUCAUGGAGAAGCGGCGGAACGACCAGAUCGGGCGUGCGGCGGUGCUGCAAGAGCUCGCUACGCACCUGCACCCGGCCGAGCCGGAGGAGGGCGACAGCGACACGGCGCGGACUACUCCGCCUCCCCGGCGCCCCCCUGCGCCAGGCUCGGAGGAGGAGGACCGAGUGGCGGUGGCGCACUGAAGGGCGAGCUGAGCUCAGCUGCGAAAGGGAGCUGUUGGCAGCAGCCACUGGCCCCUUCCUCCUUCCCUCCCUCCACUACUUCCUCUGCCAUCUUCCGGGCCCCGUCUGGGAUUCCUGGGCCCUUUGGACCAAGGAGAGUUGGUGAAAUGCGCCGCCGGCUGUGGACGGGGGAGGAGGAAGGGGACAGAGGGAACAGGUAGGAGCACUUUGGCUGGGGGCUUUUCUUUCUGGCCCCUUCCAUCUGCCUUCCCUUCCAAAUCUGCCUUCCCUUUCACGGCGGGGUAAACUGGAUUUGCCUGGUACUUAAUCCCUGCUGGACCUGGGUCUCAGACCGACCCUACAUAGGCACUCGGGGUUGGAGGAAAGUUCGGGCUACCAGUGCCUGUCACUGAGUCCCUUCCGUUUUCCUCUUUACCCCGGUUUUAGAUACCCUGUACAAAACGCCAGAGCCGGUUUGGUUGGAGGCGCCACCGCGGGCCUGCAGAGAGUUGCUUAUUUGCUUUCUCUAUCUAGCUGUGUGUGGGAUCCGGAAGCCUGGGGUGAUUUGUUUCAUGGGAUUCCUGGGGCGGUGGGCUGGUGAAACCAUGACAAGAUCUGGGAGCAGCAGACCAAAACCAAGCAGCCCCUUAUUAAGUGUAACAAAUAGUUGUGCAAACUCGGGCUACAAACAAAGACUUUGCUACCUCCCUCCUCCCACCCCUGAGUAAUUCGUCUGCAGGAGCUGGCUCUUAGCUGAGUCGCCUGCUCCCCCGCCCCUUCCCAGGUUACAAGUAAAUCAUUGUCAAGGGCCAGUCAGGGGAAGGAUUCAAUUAAGGUUGUGUUGAGCUGCCUUUGUUUCUCUUCUGCUGUUGCGGGGCACUUAGCGCUGCGUUGUUACCAGUGGAGGGAAUAGCGUUUUGUGUCUCCGAUCUAAUUAAACCUGCGGGUCACAGAUGGGGCUGGUUUGUGCUACCCCUUUAAGUAUCCACUGCUGAGGCCAGCAAACAAGGGCGCCCUGGCAGGAAUUAGUUAAUCUGUCUCUUCCUUCCUGUCUCUUUCUUGAAUAGCAAAGGUAACCCUCUUAACAGUAAGGCUUUGGUGGUGACCUUAUGAUUUUUAUUUGUUUUUCUCUCACUGGCCCUUCACCCUACAUUUGUUCUGCUGGUAGUAAAAUCUUAAACUAGAUAAGAUACUUAUUUGCUAGCCAUUCUUCGUACAGUUCAAUUCAAGGUGCAAAGUCUUAAAUUGGGGCUGUUGCCUGGAGAGCACCCCUUCAGAAGGCUUCUUGAGAGGAGUGCCAUCAGUCACAGAUGGUACCCAGUGCAGUCAGCACAGAAGAAUCUGGUGACAGUCCUAGUUCAGGUUGGGGACCGUAGGAUCUAUUAGUGGCAGACUUCACAGACACCCCUUGGGCCUGCUACUAAGCUGUAGUAGGAAGCUUGAACAGUUUCACAGUCCGCCAUUGUACUCCUGUGGUCUCUGUAAUGAUGUGUGCUCUGGAUUGCAGAAUGCUUCGUUACUGUGCUUUGGCUAAUUCUGUCUCAGAGCUGGGUAAGGUUUGAGGUUUCUUUCUUCCUUUCUUUAGGGAGUCAUUAUAGAUGAUACUGUACCAAACCUUGUGUGACCUAAUUCUUUUAAUAGUUGAUGUAGACUCUCAGUGGUCCAUGGCCACCCUUGAGCCUUUUUUUCCUGGAGAUCUCUAAACCAAGGCAACAAGAUGUGAAAGAUGUUCUUACACACUUUUUUCAGACAGGGAUAUAACUGAUUUAAGUUUUCUUUCAUGCUGAACACAGUAAGGAGAGGCACAAGUAAUGGCCCCUGGGGAGAGGGUAGGAGGGAAGAACAGAAUGCCACUGUCCUGUAGUCCUGGCCUUGCCAGCUCUCCUUUUCCUACUCGCCACCCUGUCUCCUUCAGCCCCCAAAUGGAAAAGUGAAUGUCUGGUCACAGAGAGGUACAGCGGUGACUGUGGGUUGUCACAAAGUCUUUCUACAACUCAAAGAAAGAGCUCCGGUAAAGUCCAUGACAAUAGUAACAUUAACCUCUAGAGAGGUUUUUGAUAACAGAGCUUGGAAAUGAACUGGAAUAGGUCAUCUGUCCAUCCUACAUACUGCUUUCCCAUGGAAUGCAAGUGUUCCUACAGGGCGUACCAGAGACGUUAAGUUUGUCAUGCAUAGAACAGUGAUCCCAUUGGAAGUUUCCUUAGGGUUUUGGUGCUUAAAGGAAGUAACAGCCCACCAGUUGAAGACUCCAGGAAAGGGAAUGGAACCAACUCUUGGUUCUCUCCUUAAGGUGGCAGUGUGUGUGGAAAGUGCGUUUUUAAUGCUAUGGCAGUGGCUACAUCUGGCACUUUAGAACAAAUAAAUAUAUUUACUAAUUUUUGUUUCUCCUUAGGAAUAAGACUUUAGAACUGUUUUGUACUGUGAAUUAUGGAUGCUCUUUGAAGGAAAGAAAUAUCGAUUGUAAUGUUCUUCAGAAGCUCUGGCAGGGAUAAGCAGAUCAUCGAAUGGAACGUAUGCUAAUGAAACCAGACAAAUUCUAUUUUCUUACCUGAGCAAAUAUUUUAUUGAAACUGCUUAUGUAUGUCACAGGAGCCCACAACUUCAACUACACAACUUUUUGUAUUGCAAGAACUCAUACUUUUUUGUAGCUUUUACUCCACGCUUAAUUUAAAAAUGACUUUUUAGCACUAAAAUGCCUAGCAGAAGACUUUACUCCAGACCUAAGGAAAUUUUUAGUUUUUAUGAAAAAUUACAGUUGAGUGGUUACUCUUCUCGUGUCUUUGGUGCUUCUGUUCCUAAGAGCACCACCGGACAACACCACAACCACAUGGAAACAUAUUUUUGGAAGCAAAACUUUAAUUUUAUAUGACAUAUGCUAUGGAGAGCUAAGAAAAUUUAAGGACUACUUGUUUUCUAUUUUUUUCUUAAUAAAAUGGAAUCCACUGUGUUGAAGACUCUUGUUAUUAUGUGCUAGUCUAACCACUUUUUAUAAAUUAGAAUAAAAUCUAGUGUGAUCAUAGUCAUCAAAUGGAUUUAUUUGAAAAGUUACAUUUUAUGUGUGAAUUUUUAAAUCAGGGUAACUGUAAACUUGACUUGGUUCAACUUUUUGUUAUGUUAUUUUAUUCUUGACUAUAAUACCUGUGCCCCAUGGAAAGUUGAUUAACAGGAUAAAUUCCAUGUGUGUUUUAUUUUCCAAUGAAUUGUAUAAACUAUUUUUGUUGAAGAUUGUAUGUUUAAUCAAUGUUAUGUUCUUAUACCACUUCUUGAGAAGGAAGUUCUGAUUCAAAAUUGUAUCAUUUCCUUCAAAAUGAAGGGCAGUGCUUAGUUAAAUAAAAGAUUGAUGAUAUCUUUUAAGCCA